AUGCGGCAGGUGACGGUGGAGUACGACUUCAAUGCCCAGCCCGGCUCCGGCGAGAUGACGGUCCACACCGGCGAGGUUUUGACCAUUAUUCGCGACAAAGUCGACGGCGGAUGGCUUGAGGCAAAGAAUGCGCGCGGAGACGUGGGCCUCGUCCCCGAGACCUAUGUUGGGCCCUACAAUCCGCCGGCGCAUCCCCCGCACCACUUGAUUGGAGUUGAAUUCGAUUGCCCCGGAACUUGGGGGAGGAGGGGGACACCCGGGAAUUCUGUGCGGCACUCCCGGCCCACUCUACCCAGCAUCGCAACUGUCUUUCCAUUCGCUAUGCUUUUCACCUCGGGACUCCGCAAAGCCGUGGAGCAAAUGGACCCCGAUGUGGCCAAGGCGUUGGCCGAUCGUCGCGCCAAGCAAAUGCGGCGUCGACAUACUUGCGCCGCGUUCAAAACCGAAAAUCCGUUAUCCAGCCCACAGCGCCAGCCGAAACCCGCAGUUGGGAGAAACGUGUUGCUGGAGGAGGAGGAAGAGUCGAUCUCGGCUCCGAUGGUCGUCCCGCCGAUCUCGUCCAUUCCGUCCGCGCCCUCCUCCUUUACCAAGCCGGCAUCGACUUUUGACGAUUGGGGCACCCCGGCGCCAUUUAUUCCACCGAGCUACUCGCAAAAUGCGCCGCCUGGACAUGAAACAAUCCAACAGCCAGCCGCUGGGUCGCAAGUUUCCCCCAAUGACGACUUUGAUGAUGAGUGGACGGAUGACGAUGAUGAUGCGCCGGAAGCGCCCCAACCGGCUCGUGGUGGUGGAGGAGGGUAUCAAGGAGCGGCUCCAAUCCAUCCGCAAUCCUCGUUAGCUCGCACGCAAAGCACAACAAGCGGGAUUGCCGCCCAAAAUGCGAAAGUUAGCAGAAGCAUCAAUCGAUUCACCCAAUUCGUCAAGUCUGGAAUGGAAUCCUACGUGCUCUCUGACGCCCAAAAGAAUUUCCCCGCGUCCGAGAAGCUGGCGAUCAUCAUGUCGGACCAUGGCCCCAUCUGGCGCCCCGUCGACCAAUACUACACGUGCACCGUCGACAAGCCGAAAAAGGAGACCAAAUUGGGCGGCCUGAAGAAAUUUAUUGCCUAUUCGCUGACGAGCAGCAUCACGGGAAUUCAAGUAUCGCGCCGCUAUAAGCAUUUCGACUGGUUCCACGAGCAAUUGCAAAGCAAGUUCAUCAUGAUCCCGAUCCCGCCAUUGCCCGAGAAGCAAGUGUCAGGUCUCUAUGAGGAAGAUCUUAUUGACCAUCGUAAGCACAUCCUCCAGCUGUACGUCAAUAAAAUCUGCCGGCAUCCGGUGAUCAGCCGCGCCGAGGUGUGGCUUCAUUUCAUGUCGUGCACCGACGAGAAACAAUGGAAAACGGGAAAGAGAAAGGCCGAAAAAGACGAGUUUGUCGGCGGCAACUUCCUAUUCACCGUCCAAUUCCCGGAACAACCGCUGCAAAUGCACGAAGUUGAACGACAAGUGGAGCAAUUCCAACGGGGAGUCCGUUCGAUGGAGGACAGCGUUCGAGUGAUGCACGAGCGGCUCACCGGAUUCCAGAAGCUAUAUGCAGGACCCGUUAAACAAAAUUGGCAACGGAUGGCGGCCGCAUUCCAAUCGCUCGGCAAAUCGUUCGAGAUCGACGCGACGGCCGCCAGCGCAAAGAUGGUCGAAGCCCUGCACCGCACCGGCAACCAGUACAACCACAUUGGCGACGAGAUCGACCGGCAUACGAAAGAGGACAUCGAGCCCGUGCUCGAGAACCUCUACUCGUACAAGGGCACCAUUCAGAAUGUACCCGAUAUUUUGGGUUUGCACAAGCAAGCGAUCGGGAAACUGCGUGAAGCCGAGGGCAAAGUCUCGCAAAGUGACGUAGACCGUAUCAAGAAACGCGUCGACAACACUAGCUACAUUGUGAUGGCCGAGAUGAACCAUUUGAACAGCGAAAAGAUCGAAGACUACAAGCACGUCAUCGGCGCGUUCCUGAAGCAGCAGGCCGAAUGCCACCAACGCACCGCCAACAUGCUCAACGAGAUGGCCAAGUUGUACAGC